AUGGAAACGCCCUCUACCAUGUUCAGAAAAAAGAGGGAACCUUGGGUGACUGCUUUGAUUGAGUCUUCGGGUGGAACGCUGCUAGAUGACGGCGAUGAGAUCUCAGAGGAGGUGAAAAGGGAAAUUCAAGGUUGGAACGAUCUGUCAGGGCAGCAUUCAAGGGCAUCCGACGCUAUGAGGUUAUCUUCGCCUACGGGGAAAGGGGAGGAGGUUCCCCUUAGGCCAAAGGAUGCGGACACGUUAAAUUUGGCUCACAAGAUUGAUGACCUCUUGAAGAAAGGCAAGCCGAAGCAACAAGGGCAACCGCAUGCAACGAGUUCUCCCCCUUCUUCGCGCACUUCUCCCAGGGUAUCAGCGCAAUACUCUCCUCAGGGACGGCCCGCUCAACCUGUGUCAGCGCAACAGUCUCCUCAGGGACAGCCUGCACAGCCGACAUCAGCACAGCGUUCCCCUCAGGGACGGCCUGCACAGCCGACAUCAGCACAAAACUCUCCCCAGGGACGGCCUGUUCAACCAGCAUCGGCACAAUGGUCCCCACAGCGGAUGUCAGUGCCGCGAUCUCCCCAGGGACGGUCUGCUCAGGCGGUCUCGGGGCAAAUACCCCUUGAAUGGUCCCCCGAUCAGAAUGUACCCAGGUCGCAAUACUAUGCCCCGUCGAACCGUCCGCUACGGCUAACGGCGUCGCCACAGCGGCCGCAGCAGCAGCAGGAUGAGGACGAUUCGGAGGAAGGGGAGGAGAUGAACGCUCAUCAGCAAGAGCACUUCAUACGGAUGCUACGAGAAGCUAACCUGUGGCCGCUCGCACGCCUUGAGGAAGCCCUCGCUUCAGGGACGGGCCCAGGGCGUAACCUUUCAACUUCCAACCAGGUAGAAAACUCGGGCGAUGUUGUGGAAUCAGCAGAAGACAAGCCUGGUUCAGAGGCAAGGGCAGCCGCCGAUGCCGAAAACGCAGCCACAAAGGAAUCACCUGUUGCAAAGAUGAAGCAAUGGUUUCAAAAGAGUCGUUGA